GGGAGCCAGGGCGGGGGAGGAGGUUAUUGAUGAAGCUGCUUCACGCAUGGAUGAGGCCAUGAAUUUCAAUCGGACCGAGAGCGACUGGCAGGGACUGGUGAGCGAGUAUCUGGUGUGCAAAAGGAAGCUAGAAAGUAAAAAGGAGGCUUUACUGAUCCUUUCCAAGGAGCUGGAUACGUGUCAACAGGAAAGAGACCAGUACAAACUCAUGGCCAAUCAGCUUCGGGAGCGGCACCAGUCUCUGAAAAAGAAAUACCGAGAGCUGAUUGAUGGAGACCCAUCAAUUCCACCUGAAAGGAGGAAACAGGCUAAUCUUGCACAACUAUUGAGUGAUUCUCGGGACCGAAAUAAACAUCUGGGAGAAGAAAUUAAAGAACUUCAGCAGAGACUUGGAGAAAUACAGGGGGACAAUAAGCUUCUAAGGAUGACGAUAGCAAAACAGAGACUAGGUGAUGAAGAAAUUGGGGCCCGCCAUUUUGCAGCCCAUGAACGAGAAGACCUGGUUCAGCAGCUGGAGAGAUCUCGGGAGCAAAUUGAAUCCCUGGAACAUGACCUACAGGCCUCUGUGGAUGAGCUACAGGACAUCAAAGAGGAGCGCUCUUCCUAUCAGGAUAAAGUGGACAGGCUGAACCAAGAACUGAAUCAUAUCCUGGGUGGUCAUGAAAACCGCAUCAUCGAUGUGGAUGCCCUCUGCAUGGAGAACAGAUACCUCCAAGAGAGAUUAAAGCAGCUUCAUGAAGAGGUCAGCCUACUUAAAUCUAAUAUUGCCAAAUAUAAGAAUGCCCUUGAGAGACGGAAAAACUCCAAAGGCCAGAGCAGGUCCAGCAGCAGCAGCAGUAACAGCAGCAGCAGCGCCCUGACUGGAGUCCUGUCUGCAAAGCAAGUUCAAGAUUUAUUAUCCGAGGAUCAUGGAUGUAGUCUUCCAGCAACACCACAGUCCAUUUCGGAUCUGAAAUCUCUAGCUACUGCCCUGUUAGAGACAAUCCACGAGAAAAACAUGGUCAUUCAGCACCAAAGGCAAACCAACAAAAUCCUAGGUAACCGAGUGGCAGAGCUGGAGAAAAAAUUGAGAACUUUGGAAGUCUCAGGUUUGUGGAGUCUCCCAGGGGGCAAGGACACCAUAACUUUCAAUGAUUCCACUCUUCCGGUCAUACAGAGGUCAAGAUCCCCACUGCUGAAAUUCAUAGAUCAGCGAGAAGAAAACAAAACAUAUACCAAGGAUGGGGAGCAGAAGCAAAGAGAUGAAAGUUCUUCUGUUACUGUGGCAUUGACAGCUCCUGAGGAAGCUGCAGCCCAGCUCUCUGACAAUUCCCCAGCCAAGCCCAAGUACAGCAACCAACACAGGCACUUUCAUCCCUCAUUACCCCAGUUAACUUCUGAGGAAGAAGAAAUAAACAGGCUUGGAAGUGAAAUAAUUAAGCUGACAGAGGAACAGGCAGCUGAAGAACUGGAAGGGACCAGAAAAGGGAGAUCCCAAGAGGGCCCAAGGAAGGGGACAGGCCUGUCCCAGAUCAGAGGGACGUCCAAGCUGGAGACGCCUUUGUCUAGCCCUGAUCCGUUUGGUUCCAGUGAGUCCUUGGGUUUGGGGAAGGAACAAGUCACCGAAGGCUGUGACCUGGAAGAGGAGAAAGGUGUCCCAGAGGGGAGCUGCUCAGGCAUUGUGAAGACAUGAAGGAUAAAGGGAUUGGAAAUUGUAACACAUGGAAGGCGCUGGGGACGACGAGAAUUAAGGAACAACACAUUAGAAUUAACUCUCUCCUCAAAUACUCCCAAGUCUGGGACUCAGAAAAUCCUCUGAUCCUGUUGCAAACUGUAGGUAUUUUGAUGACAGUACAGCUUGAUUUAUUAAAUGCAGGUCCUCAAUCUUCUCACCGUCAUCUCUUACUACUGAAGAUGUACUGCUGUGAACACGGGCAGGCACUGGAAAUAGUGUGCACCAUAUGGCUGGUUUUUCCCAUCCGUCUUUGUGUCGGCAUUUGUUUUAUUAGAGAUAAGAUGUUUUUCUAUUAACGUUUAAUGUUGUCGAUCAAAAUUAUGGGAAGAGCUUGAAACUGAUGGGCUUUUUAAUCAGGUCCCCGGUAUUUGUAAUGAUUAAGGCUGUUGGGAAGAGAGACAUAAUUGAGCAUAAUGGGUCCAAAGGGCCCACCGUGACACUUUGUCAUGUCAAGGCCUUGUUGGGUGUCCUCCACAAGGAUGCUCUUGGCACGGCGCCUCUAGCAAUGUGUCACAGCUGGGAAUGGUGGGUGGAGAAGGGCUUCGGCGGGCUUAGAGGGCUUGUUUUCCUAUUCUGAAUUCAUACCUCUCUUUGGGAUGCUUACGUUUUGGUAAAUGAUAAUUAUGCCAACUUAGGCAUCGGUUAGUGCAUUUUUAGUCCCAGGAGGGAAGCAUGAAAGUCACAAUACAGGGAAGGAAGGUCAAAGGUAGAGCCAGGGAAACAUGAUUCUCACCUUUCAAAC